CUCAGCUCUUUAUACUGUUGCAGUGCAGGUAUUUCAUCUGGCAGGCACUGCAGACGUCAGCAUGAUACAUCCCUCUCGCAAGGGAUGAUGGUAAAAUCCCAAUGUUUUCUGCUCCUGCUUUAGGGAGAGCAUUGAAAGGGAGGAUUUGGGGAGGGGGAACUGGUGUCUCCCUGGCCUCAUUGGAUGAUGUGCAGCGAUUUUUGGAGCUUGAGAUGAUGCAGGGAUCCCAGUUUGCUUCCUGGGUGGACUCCAGGUGAACCCCAUCUGCUGAAUCGUGUGACCCCCUCCUUCUGCAUUGGAUACCUGGCACCCAGCAACCUCUUCAUGCAACCUGCUCAAGGAUCACUGCACCUCCAGGCUCAUGGCAACACCUCAAGAGCUUCCUGGAUCAUUUCUUCAGAGAGGUAGAUCCCACAGUGACCCCAAUAUCAUCCACAGUGACCCCAUCAAUCUCCAGGAUCUUGGCUCAGAGUCAGACGAUUGCACAGAGGAGAUGGCCCAGUCGCCAGCCAUGCGGACUGAGUAUCUGGUAACAGGGAUGCGGACUCCACCUGCCAAGAGAAACAGUAAGCUGGCCACACUGGGUAGGAUCUUCAAACCUUGGAAGUGGAGGAAAAAGAAAAGUGAAAAGCUAAAACAGUCCUCUGCAGGAAUCGUCUCAUCUCCCAAGAGGAUCACCUCCCGGCAGACCCGUGAUGACAUCAUCAAGAAGGGAAUUUUAGAGAUUAUGGAAAAAGACUUUGAUCUUAAAGAUUAUCCAGUAGAAGAUGCCACCAGAGAGUCCACCGGAGACCCACCAACCCCUCUAAGCCAGUCACCUCCCACUGAAGAAACACUUCCAGAAACUUCUGCAGCAGCCGCAGUGAAUGUCAGCUCUCUGGACGAGGACCAUCAGACAGACACAGGGGAAGAUCAAGAAGGUAAAGCUCAGUUGACCUUGGAGGAAGAUCUGAAAGACUCGGUGGAGAAAACUUUACAAGCCUUACUGCUCACCAAAUCUCUGGAAUCCCCUCCACCGGAGAGAAGUACAACUCUCAUCAGCAGUCCUCCGCUACUUCCAAUGCCACAGCCAAAGUCAUCUUCAUGGGUUAACCAGUGUUUGACAGAAUUGGAAGAAAUCGACUCCCCUCCCUCCUGCAUCAUGAAGACCUCCACCCCUGUCGGCUGCUCCCAUAUCUCAGGACACAGCAAUCUCUUCCAGCCAUCCAGCCAGAAACCCCCAGAAAUUAGCAGUCAGGUAGUGAAAAACCCCACCCCAACUGGAUCUCCCCAUCUGCCUGCCAUGCAUAUGCCUUUACCCCCCAGCCGAGUCAUUGAGGAACUCCACCGAGCACUCGCUACAAAACAUCGCCAAGACAGCUUUCAUGCCCGAGAACUGAAAUCUUCUCCAAAGAAGAGGGUUGAAUUCCGAACAUCGCGGCCCUCUAGUCUGGAUAAGUGCAGAGAAGGGGUCACUAAUUCCAAUGAAGGCGAUGCUGAGAAUAAAUGUGGCUCUGUGAAGGAAGCCGAGGAGAACAAAGAAAACUUGAUCAGGGAUACCAGCCAUAAAGACGACAUGCUGUUAUAUGAGGACGAGGACGAGCUCAACAACUCAGUUAUCUCUGGAACUUUGCCUAGAAAAUAUAAGAAGGAGCUGCUGGCAGUCAAACUGAGAAAUCGGCCCAGCAAGCAGGAGCUGGAAGACAGGAACAUCUUCCCUCGUAGGACGGAUGAAGAGAGGCAACAAAUACGACAGCAAAUUGAAAUCAAGCUUUCAAAGCGACUGAGCCAAAGACCAGCUGUGGAAGAACUGGAGAGAAGGAACAUACUGAAGCAAAGAAAUGACCAGAUAGAACAAGAGGAAAGAAGAGAAAUUAAACAAAGGUUAACCAGAAAGCUUAACCAACGUCCGACUGUAGACGAACUGAGAGAGAGAAAAAUUCUGAUACGAUUUAGUGACUACGUGGAGGUGGCGAAAGCUCAGGAUUAUGAUAGGCGAGCAGACAAGCCCUGGACGAGAUUAUCUGCAGCAGACAAGGCUGCUAUUCGUAAGGAACUAAAUGAAUAUAAAAGCAAUGAGAUGGAAGUACACGCCUCAAGCAAACACUUGACCAGGUAUCACAGACCGUAAACACUUUCAUGCUGGAAGUAUGGUCUUACUUUGAAGUUAACCACUGAACAUGUUCCAUGAGGAGCAAUGGCGUUCAGUUGUGAAGUUGGGCGCUUGGCGCUCUAUUUACGCGGCGAGUGGUUGUGGGCAAUAUGGAAGGAUUGUCUGCUACCCUUCCAAAUGUUGGAUAGAAUGGCGAUGAGUUCACCGCGCAUAUCUGGAGACUGACCAGCCCCUUAUGGGGAGAGAAUCUAGCUCAAGGAUACACACGCAAAACAAAGUGGGUGUCGCUGAAUGACACUGGAAGGAAACUUGUAUGAAGCUGUAUAUUGCAGCGAGACGCUGUGCAUGGCGACAUCACCAUGGACAUGAAGCCAGCGCAUCUUUCAGUAUUACAUUGACAUGUCGGCCUAAUCACACUUUCUUUGUAAAGUUCAUGCCUCAGCAGAAUAUUUUCAUGUUUUCUAUUUUGUUUCCUUUUUUUAAGAUGUUACAUUUUCCUGGUUAAGUUAAAUCUUAUUAAAAAAAUGAACAGUUGC